AUGAUUUCUGUUGUUAUAAUCACUGAGCUACUGGUUGAGUACACGACGGCACUAGCGAAACUCACCGCUGGGAUUCUUCCGAGACGGCGAGGAGACACUGACGUGAUACGGAUUGGUGGUUUCUCUUUGCGUUUUCCUUCAAGAUCGACACCUGUUCCAGAUUUCUCUUCUCAUCUAGUUGAUUUCUGAUCUGCGCAAACCCAACGUUCUCAGAUCUCAAUUUUGUGUGUUUCUCCGGAGCUUUCGAGGAGAUUGUGGCUUUGUUUUGAAGAAACUUUCUCUAGAUUUUGUGUUGAUUACUUGAUCAGAGCUUUGUAUAAUUGUAUCGAGUUAUUACUAGAGACUAUCGUUUUGAUUAAUCUUCCAGCGUUUCUUAAUUUUGAGAUUUCAGUCUUUUGUAUCUGUAGAGAACGUGAUGAAGAGAUGAUGUUUUUUUUGGCUUCACUCUUCUCUUCUGACAAGACGCACUUGUCUGUUUAGACUUUGUUCUUUACCUUUUAAACCAUCGUAUAGCCAACUGGUUGUAUUGCGAUGGUUGCAACUUGUAAAAUAAAAUAAUCAAGUUAAUUAGUAAAACCAAAACGAUCAUUUUGA